CAGUGUGGCGAUCGGUCGGUGCGCUGUGUCCCUCGGACACAGCAGAUCACCAAUCAAUGCCAUGUACACUGAUCAUCAGGGCACUGAUGAUCAGUGUAGCCCCAACAGUGCCAUCUGUCAGUGUCCAUCAGUACCAGCUGUUGGUGCUCAUCAAUGCCACCUGCCAGUGCCCAUCAGUGCCACAUAUCAGUUCCCAUCUGAGCUGCCUUUCAGUGUCACCUAUCAGUGUCAGUCAGCGCCACCUAUCAAUGUUACCAAUCAGUGUGACCUAACAGUGCCAGUCAGU